UGUGGAAAGACGCCAAAAAAGUUUGAACUUUCGUAAUUUUCGAAAAACCAGGUUUUAAACGAACAGAAGACCUGCUCUAUUCUCUUCAUUUUUCUUCACACAAUACAAUAACAAAGUUUAAUAAAAAACGUUGGAGCUAUUAAUUUAAAAAUUUUGAAAAUGUCCCAAAGGCUUCAUGCAAAGUACCCCUCAUUAGAUUUCAGAUUCAAGGAGCUGUGUCAUCCGCCAGAUCGAUAGAGAAAUAUCAAUGUUGCAGAAAAUCGGUUGAACGGUUUAGCCGCUAGUGUAGGUGAGUAUUCGUUGGGCAGAAUCAUGGAUGAUUUAUGUAUUCGCACACAAAACAUUCGUUCCCUACACUCGUUCUUCGCUUUCGUUCACCGAUUUCGCGAAUUCGGAAUCGACUCGUUGCGUUAAGGGCACGCACAGCAUAGACACAUAAUACAAGCUGUCUUUUUUGUGUAUCGAUGGGAGACAGUCACGGUGUGAGAGAAUCCGAUCCACGUAACACCUUGAUCUGUUCUUGAUUAAGUGGAGAAGUGAAAGACCCUUUCAAUGAUACAGGCUUUGUACAAGCUCACGAAAUUUAACACGCACUCGUCACCAACUACUGCGCAUUACACAGACAAGACGCAAACCUUUCGGGAAUUAACACUGUAAUUAGUCCUGUUUCACUCCUAGUGCACUAGUGUGCAUGAGCAACUCGAUCUAUUUUGGUCGUAUUCGGAUCAUUGCGGUAUGUCGAGGGAUGAGCUGUUAUCUAAUACCACGCGAUAACAAGUGAAAAUUAUGUAGAAUGUGACAUUACGACCUUAUCAGUAGUCCCUGUCAUUUUGUUGUAAUCAUGCGAUAUGCUCCUGAUAUAUGAAUGAGCAAUCACUACAAACAUAUUUUCGCCCUUGUAUAAGAUUGUGGCAGCUCCAGCGAGUGCGUUUUUUCGUCAGCUCUGGAAAAGAACGAAAAUGGAGGUUUCAAAACCACGUGUAGUUGUUGUUGGUUCGUGUAUGAUAGAUCUCGUGAGUUUGAAGACUUAGAAAAUGGUAAGGAACGCAUGGAACGUGGACCAACAGAGGGGCGACGCUUCGCGUGCAAGAAAGGUCUUCUAUGAAGGAAAGGAUGCACUUGAUCCGUACCUUGAUGUGAUUCAGUGGCGGAAGGAUCCAGGGGUACUGGGGUCGGUGUUUGUGACCGAGAGGUUUCCAAAGGCUUAUGUUACACCAGCGUUGCGUUGACGCGCGUCGUAGAUUAACAAUCUAUCUUAUGCGAAACGGCACACAUGCGCUCAUGGGAGUUUCUUAUCGCUCGUGUAACACAGACCUAAAUAAAUGGAACUUCUCGGGAGACCGGAAAUUCGAGUGGCACGACCACCCUCUUUUAACGCAGCACGGAUUUAGGUACGGCUGGGCCCUUCUCCGAAAAAAUGCCCUCCAGUUGUGCAAACACAGACAACACAGCGUUAUGCUCCUAGGCUACCUCGUGCAGGAGAAACUUUGACUGGAAGAAAAUUUCAGCAAGGCUUUGGUGGAAAAGGUGCAAAUCAAUGUGUAGCUGCUGCAAGACUUGGAGCAGAGACUGCUCUUAUUGCCAGAUUAGGGGAUGAUUCGUUUGGCCAUGAAUACCUGAAAGCUCUAAAUAAAGAAGGUGUACAAACUGGUUAUGUGUCAAUCACAAAAGAAAUGCACACUGGUAUGGCACAAAUUGUUGUGGCAGAGUGUGGUGAAAAUCAAAUUGUUAUUGUCCCGGGAGCCAAUAGAAAUCUGUGUGUAGAGGAUGUCCAAUUAGCUAAGGAGACGAUUGAAGCAGCUAAAGUUCUGUUAUUUCAGCUUGAGACUCCAGUUGAAGCUACUUUGGCUGCUCUGAAAUUGGCUAAAGGGAAAGGGAAGAGAAUAGUGAAUGCUGCCCCAGCAGUAUUAAAAGACACUGCCCUUUUUACUGAAUCAGAUAUUUUCUGUAUCAAUGAGACUGAAGCUGAAGAAUUGUUAAAAAUUCCUGUAAAAUCCAUAGAAGAUGGCUAUAAAGCUGCUGAGAAGUUUCGUGAUCUUGGUUGCUCAGCAGUUGUGAUAACUCUUGGAAGCCAAGGUGCUAUACUCUCAACUCAAGAAGACCCAACACCUUACCACAUUCCUGUUAAAAAGGUGCAACCUGUGGAUACUACAGGUGCUGGUGAUGCUUUCCUAGGUGCAAUGGCAUAUUAUAUGGCCUACCAUCCACAACUUUCCUUGAAGGAGAUAGUUCAUAGAGCAUGCUCUGUUGCCACUAUUUCUGUGCAGUCACCAGGAACACAAUCAAGUUUUCCUUACAGGAAUGAAUUACCAGAUGCAUUACUUUAGUAAUUGAAGUAAAUUGCUGCAUCUUGAAGAGAGAAAGGUGUUGAUACAAGAUUUUUCCAUAUAUGUUAAAUAUUUUAAGUUUGGGACCAACUUUUGGCCAGUGAGUGAAAGAACCAUUAAUACAUACUCAUAUAUAAAAAAUAAAUAAUUGUAAAUUUUCACAAAUGAUAAUUACAUAACGUACAUGUACUUGUUAAUAUAUUAUUUUUAUAUCUCUAGAUUGUUUAUGUAAAUACAAUUGGUGGGCUAACCGUACCUUUAAUGUUACCUUAUGAACUCAGUCCAUCAAUUUAGAAAAUAAAACUAUUGAAAUUUCGUGUUUCAUUGAUUCUUUUCUUCUUUGCAAUAUUUAUCUGUAUAUGAAGAUGAGGCAAUGUAGUGAUAAAUCUCAUUUUUGUAAGGUAGAGUAAAAAGAGAGUUUACGUGAAUUCAUUCUUCCUUGGUUUGUGAAUACCCAUCAUGUUGCUUCCUAUAAACCUAUUGCAGUUCCAGGAGCACACUUGUACUGUUUUGACCAUAAUGUCAGUUUUGGAAAAACUACAAAAUCUUCAUUUUGGUUGUGUGAUAAGAGUUAUCAUUGUUGCCUCUUCAUAUAUAAAAAUGAAAUUACCAAUGCUUAACACCUUGCCUGGUAAACUGAUUUUAAUAAUUUUUCAGUUAUAAGCAAAUACAGCAUUUAUUUUGACUGAUCAUCUUGUUAUGUUGCUUUGAUUGUCAGAUCUAAAUAUGCACUGAUAAUCAUAGACAAAUAAAGCAAUAAAUAUUCCCCACAGAGUACGCAAUGGUACUGUUAUUAGCGUCUUAAUCCCAGGUGAUUGUCAGGGUAUUUUCAUGUCGAAUGUCUACAUUUUAUGUAAUUAACAACUAAACAA